ACAUAAUAAUGCCACAAGGCUCUUCGUAACAGCUCGUGCUGAGCUCGUGUCUGACAUUUUCUGUCUUUCUCUCUGGUGUUUGUAUUCGUGUAUACAUUCAUGAAACUCGUGUAUGUGCUCGGGAAAAAAGUUGCGUGGUGUGUGCGCGCGCGCUUAUUAGACGACACAACAAACAGAGAAACCGAACUGCGAGAGUGAUUGAGAAAAGAAAAGCCUUUUAUUAUUAUUGGGAAAACAAACCCAAAUUUAUAAACGGUGAAAGAAAGAAUCAAGAUUUCGUUAUUACUAUUGUAUUCAAGCUUCUUAUCCUCAAGAAUUUCAUCUGAUCUUGGAAAGUUCCGUUUUUUUAUUCGAAGACGAAGAAGGGAGAGAAUAAGAAUUUCCAUCGAAGUUGAUAAAGAGCACACGAAGAGUUUCGGAGAUCCCUCGAAACGAGAAUUCUUUUUUUCGUGACAAGGGAUCUCUGACGAGGAGCCUCGUGUGUUUCAUUGCCGUUUGCAUUUCUGCGAAAACUUGAUAAAAACGACGACAAAACAAACUGUGAUCCUGCUAAUCGGAAGACUCACGAUUCACGAAACGUCCUCGAGAGAGGAAGAGGAUCAACAAAUCGUGAGCUCUGGUGCUUCCACAAAUGGCCGACAAUUGGACACAGAGCAUUAUUUGCCGAUAUUACAAAAAUGGCAUAUGUCGCGAAGGUGACAAUUGUCGAUACAAUCAUGCAAGAGUAGCCUCGAAUGACACUCUUGUUGGCAAUACUAACGAUACGCCGCCUCGAACUACUGGCCCAUCGACCACUUGUCGAUUUUUUAAAUGGGGCAGUUGCAAAUUUGGUGCAAAUUGUCGCUUUGCACACGGUGCCAAGGAAGACACCACCAAAACAAAUUCAAAGUUGAACAGAGGUGAAUCUUCUGUUGGUACCUCGGACUGUGCCUCUACAAGUUCUUCCUCUUCUGAAUCCGUUCUAGACAAGACUAAGGAAGGAACACGUCUUGCCGAAGAUUGGGUAAAAGCACCGGAAUUCGUACCCUCUUUUGGAACAAGUGGGUUGAAUGUUAGUGCUGAAGAAUCAACGUCAAAAACAGGAGCACCAACUUCUUAUGCCAGGGCUGUUUGCAGUUCGGGACAGACGUCAAAUCCAGCUUCUGAGCCUUUGUGUCCUUAUGCGGAAGCAAGUGGAAUAUGCAAAAAAAUUGACUGCCCUUAUCUUCAUGGUAUCAUGUGUGAAAUGUGUGGCAGAGCUGCGCUUCAUCCGUUUAACGAUGAGUUGCGGCAACAACAUACGAAUGCGUGUAUAAAACAGCACGAAGCAGACAUGGAGCUCUCGUUCGCAAUACAACGAAGUCGUGACAAAUCUUGCGGCGUUUGUUUUGAAGUGAUAAUGGAGAAAUCAACGGCGGAACAGAGAUUUGGUAUACUGCCGAAUUGCAAUCAUUGUUUUUGUCUCGGUUGCAUAAGAAAAUGGCGACAAGCAACGCAAUUCGAAAAUAAAAUCAUACGUUCCUGUCCCGAGUGUCGUGUACCAUCAGACUUUGUAUGUCCUAGUACGUAUUGGGUCGAUACAAAAGAGGAAAAAGAAAAACUUAUUGUCGAGUACAAAGAAGCGUUGAGCCUCAAGGACUGCAAAUAUUUCAACAAAGGUCGUGGCAAAUGUCCCUUUGGCAACAAAUGUUUUUAUCUUCAUGCUCUACCGGAUGGCACCAAAACUGACGUUGGUCCACCAGUUCGACAAGAUCCACCCUCUGAUGAUGAUUGGGACUUUUACGAGCAGCACAUCUUGUUGUGGAAUUUCUUGGAGGUGCGUGAUAAUCAAUGGGUCAUGAUGGACGACCGUGAUGAAGUGGUCUUUGUGUUCUCAGACUCGGAAGAUUCGGACUGGUCUGGAUAAGGUUGGCAAAAUGAGAAGGAAAAACUAGAAAGUGUUGAAAAAUGAAUGAAAAUAAAAAGAGUAAUGCAAUUCGCCACCAAAAAAGGCAGCAAAACCCACAAAAAAUCUUGUUCAUCUAAGUAACGAGAAAUCAUAAAAUAUCUUUGCGAUAAAAUAUUGAUAAGCGCUCUGACUUUUUGGGAGUUUUUUCGCCGCAAAUGGAUUGAAAAUCGAACAAGCAAGGCAGAUCAUUGAUCAGUCUUGAAAAUCGUGGAAAUAUUGGCUUGCAGUCUUGUUUAUUCGUAAAUACGAACACGCGUAGCCAACGCACUCACGCACCCGUGAAAUGCGCGCGCCCACACACACACAUACACAGUUAACAAGUGAUUAUUAAUUGCGGUUUUGCCUCCCAUACAACAGGGGUUUUUCUUCGGGAAUAAGAAGGGUAUUUAUAUGAAUGUAGGCAAGUUCUUUGCACGUUCGGGGAAAGACGCCAAUGAGGCGUGAUAAGCAUUAAUAAUUUCUUCUUCCGUCUCUUCAAACUUUCAAACGGAAAUGAUUAUCUCGGGUUUGACAAAAAUUAAAGAAAAAGCAGUCAAACAACUCGCUUUUUGGACAGAAGGGCGAAUAGUGAAAAUAAAGAGAACACCGAAAAUGAAUGGGCAAUCCGUCGCAUUUCGUAAGAGUAAAGAAAAAGUUUGAAAAAAACAACAAAAAAGAAAUUGCUAUUUGUAACGUCUAGAAUUAGCUAUAACACGCUAGCUGAUUGUAAAACGCUCAAUCGUGCUCCGUAAGAGUUUUAUAAAAGAUAAAAAAAACCAAACAAAACAAAUACCAAUAUUACAUGUUCGAUAGAGAGCGCUCCGCGGCUUUUUUGUCGUUUUCUGCCGCGAUAAACCACAGACUCUUACAACCCUCUUAGCAAAAAAAGAGACAGCAAACGAAAGAUGAAAUUUUUUCGAGUCAUCGGCAUUAUUGUUUAAGUUUGGCCAAUGUAAACUCUUGUUUUUUUCCCUCAAAUUUACUUACAAGUCAACUUUCAACUUGAAUGUUAUAGGAACUUCGAUAUUAACUAUCAAAUAUACACUCACGCAAUUUAUUGUCAUUAGCUACACUCUGCAAAGUAAAAGCGAGAAACAGAAAGAAAGGGGGAAGAGUAAAAAUUUGGCAAUGUAUCCUGCGGACAUUUUUUUCGUUAUUUUUCUCGUUAAUUUAUUCAUUCGUCUGGAAAACGUAGUAAUAAAAGUCUUGUUCCAAAAAAAAGUGAGGAUAAUUUUCAAAUUCCAAAAAUAAUACAAAAAGCGAAAAUAUAAUAGUUACUAAGAAAACUGAGAGAAAAAAGAUACAAAGCCCAAAAAAGGGUCCACGACAAAGACGAUAGACGUUUAUAGAAUAAUUAUAGGAGCGGUCUUAUCGUUAACCAGUUUAUAUUAAUUGUUAAAAAAAAAAGAAAUACUGUAAAAAAGCGAAAAAAGCGAGAGAGAAAAAAUAAUGAAGACUCAGGAGCUUCCGCAGAGUCAAUUGUGUCCUGCUUGAAUCACAAAUCGGGCUAUUUGAGAUUUUCGCAAAAAUUUUACGUGUAAUACAACAUACAAAUAGAAUCUUCGUUUUUCGUCAUCUCGCGUGUAUUUGUUACAAUAUUAUAUCACGUAGAAUAAGCGCGACGGUCGAAUAACCCGAAGUUUCAUCACCUCACACCACUCGACGAUGUCCGGCUUCGAUUUCAUUUCGUACAACAAUAUAUUUUUGUUAUUGGAAUAGACGUGUAUUAAACUUAAAAAAAAAAAAAAAAAAAAAAAAAA